AUGCGCCCGGAACACUCUGCGCCUCCGGAAAUAUAUUAUGGAGAAGAAGAGGCUAGGAAGUAUUCCUCCAACUCUAGAAUUCGCAGGAUUCAGUGGGAGAUGGCAGAAAGGGCGGUUGAAUUGUGUUUGUUGCCGGAUGAACCAUGCUUGAUUCUAGAUAUUGGCUGUGGCGUUGGGAUUUCUGGGGAAUUAUUGAUGGAUUUGGGCCAUUUUUGGAUUGGCAUAGACAUCAGCCCAUCAAUGUUAGAUGUUGCUAUUGAGAACAAUGUCCUGGAUCAUGGUGAUUUAAUACUUUCGGAUAUGGGAUCGACUAUGCGCUUCAAAACAGAUUCUUUUGACGGUGCUAUAAGUGUUAGUGCUAUCCAGUGGUUAUGUAAUGCUGAUAAAAAGGGGGUUGAGCCAUUUAAAAGAUUAACAAUUUUUUUUAAAUGGCUUUACACUGCACUUAAAUCUGGGUCUCGUGCGAUCUUUCAGUUCUAUCCUGAAUCUGAUAACCAGACUGAAAUGAUUCUAGCUGCCGCCGCUAGAGCUAGUUUUGGAGGAGGUCUUGUUGUUGAUUUUCCAGAGUCAUCAAAGGCUAAAAAAUAUUUUUUAUGUUUAUGGGCGGGGGUGCGUAAUAUUGCAGAUUCUUUGUCAGAACCUUCGUCUGACAGUGACCACGUUCCCGUACAAAAAUUGCAAUCAAAGAUUUCACGGAGGAAGGAGAAGAAAAGGACUUCUCUUAGGGGAAAAAUAUUGAUUAAAAAGGCCCAACAGAGAAGGAAGGGUCUUUCGGUUCGAAGGGAUACUAAAUAUACAGGGAGAAAGAGGAAGGGAGGAUUUUAG